AUGGACGAGCCCAGCACUGACAGAAAAUAUUCACAAUGGGAAAACAUAACAGAUGAAUGGAAUCGCGGCAAAUACUUCACAGAGACACUCGAAGCACUUCCCAAUCUAGAAAGUGCUACUGUGUCUUUUGAGAUAGGGGAAAACAAACUCGAGUACUGGACAGGAUGGUACCAUGCCCUUGGGCAUGUUGCGAAGUUCCUCAUUUCAGUCAUACCCGAACCCAUACAAAUACGAUGGGACUUUCAGCCUACUUCUGAUCCAGCCUUGAAAGAACUCGCCGAAGAAGAGGAGGAGAUCAUGUAUGAGCUCAAGAGAAUGUUUGCUGAAGAAACAGCUGAGAGGGAAGGCACCGUUCAGCUGGGCACAAGACUCAUCAAGGAUCGCAUAGCCAAGGCAGCAAGCGAGGAAUGA